CAUCAAUCACAAUGGUCUAGUACACCGAGCACAGCGGCGCUGGCAAUCCGCCUGCGAACCAUGCGCCUCUUGCUCAUCCGUCACGGAGAAACAGUCGACAACGUCACCGGCCUCUACGCAGGGUCGCGCGACUCGCCGCUGACUACCCACGGAGUACUGCAGGCCCGCCGCCUGGGCGCGCACCUCGCCGGCCGCGUCGCGGUGCAGCACCUGUUCUCGUCGGAUCUGCAGCGCGCCGCGCGGACGGCGGAGGCGGUUCGCGAUGCGCAGAAACGCGUGAGCGGCGGGACGCAGCUCGAUGUCGUGCGGCUGUCGGAUCUGAGGGAGAAGGACUUUGGCUCUGGGGAGGGAUCUCGGCUUGGGGCAGGGCAGCAUGAAGGCGCCGAGACGCCCGAGGCAAUGAGGCUGCGCGUCGACCGCUUCUUGGAUGAUCAUCUCGUCCCGGUCCUCGCCGUCAGCGAGUCCACCGUCUGCGUCGUCGCCCACGGCAUCAUCCUCGGCGUGCUCUUCAAGGCCCUCUCUGCGCGGAUCCCCUGCUCCGUUGCUCCCAGCGCCAAGUCAGAGUUUUCCGACGUGUCGGCUCUCUCGCGACUCUGGUGGAGCAACACGGGUUACCUGGAAGGAGUCUUGUCCUCGCAUCCAAACCGACCCGACGGCCGCCUGCCUCUGAAGCUCUCCGUCGAGACCAUCAAUGGCAUGGACCACGUCAAGGGCCUGAAACGGACCCGUGGCGGCAUUGGCAGUGCCAAGUUCGACGAGAAGCAGAAGACGAUGGACUCGUUCUUCAAGCCGACGUCGCGGAAGCGCAAGCACGACGACAAAUAACGCUUGCGCUCCCCAUCAAUGGUACGUUUACUCUUUUUCUUACUCCCAACACCAAGCAAGCUUUAUGAUGAAAAAGCAAUUUUCACAGACCUGAUCUGAAAUAACACAAUGUGGAAACAACUUUGUCCAACCGCUGUCUGACAGCUUCUUCAUACACUGAUUCAUUUUUACCGCCUUGUCGAGAGACUAGCUAACAAUGAAUUAUCAGGAUUUUACCGUUCAGCUGAAUGCCCAGCAUGACUUUAUGAUACCCAUGGCACAUAGCUUUUAAUGCAU